UAAAAUUAAAUAAUUGCUGAUUAAAAUGAUGUUAAAGCAGCCCGUGCCCUCURAGUCCUGCGGUGUCUUGCAGAGUGCCCGUCGCAGCCAUGAUGCCCGUGGCAGCCGUGAUGCCCGACGACACGCCGAUGUUCGACCCCAGCAUCCUGCACGAGCUCGACUGGAGCGAGAACACGGCCACCUUCUCCCCGGCCAUUUCUCCGCUGGACCCGGGAGACGGGCUCGUUAUGAGACCGCUCUGCACAGCCGACUUAAACCGGGGCUUUUUCAAGGUUCUGGGCCAGCUGACUGAGACCGGAGUUGUAAGCCCAGAGCAGUUUAUCAAAACAUUUGAGCACAUGAAGAGAUCUGGAGAUUACUAUGUCACUGUUAUAGAAGAUAUCAAUCUUGGGCAGAUUGUUGCUACGGCAACACUGGUUAUAGAGCAUAAAUUCACUCACUCCUGUGCAAAGAGAGGAAGGAUAGAAGACGUAGUAGUGAGUGGGGAGUGCAGAGGAAAGCAGCUUGGUAAACUAUUAACAUCCACCCUUACGUUGCUCAGUAAAAGGCUGAACUGUUAUAAAAUUACUCUCGAGUGUCUGCCAAAAAACGUGGCUUUCUACAAGAAGUUUGGCUAUUCAGUAUCUGAAGAGAAUUACAUGUUUCAACGGUUCUUUAAUUAAGAACUUAGAGUCUUUUUCUUCGUUAAGGACUGUUGGUGGAGGAGCUUGUGCGACGAACAUUCUCUUUGUGGAAAAUUUAUAUAGUUCAUUGCUGCAAAUAUAACAAUCUCUAUAAAUACUCAACGUCAAGAUGUGUAAAACCUGCAAAAAACCUUACUGACAUUUUAGGAGGGUUCUCUGGGGUAGGAAAUGAGCUCUUAGAACUAAUUUUUACUACUGUUCGGUCAAAGUGAAGCUUUUUUUGUUCUAGCUGGGUUACAGAGGAUCUUGUUAAGGGGAUGGUUUUUAACCAAAGGUAUAUAUUUUUAUCUCAAAUUUUUUCUUGCCUUGUAUUUUUCUAAAGUUUUGCGCUUCUUUUCUCGGUAGCCAAAGUCCAGGUCAUGGGAUUGUGCUCCUCUCUGUACUUCACUGAUGGAAGAUGGGACUUGUGGGGACGCUUCUCUUGCGCAGCAUCAGGGAUGUGGAAUGGGAAUUUGGUGGGUUCUUUCCACGAAACCUCACUUGAGUGCGGUUGAUGUUCGUGUACCUGAAGUUUUAUAGGCACUAUAUUCCAAAAUUGAACUUMUGGCAAGCACUGGUAGGGGAGAUCCUUACAGGUUGUACAAAAGCAAACACUUGGGAGUGUAAAUGGAUGCAACUUAAUACUGCUGGGGCCCUGCACUUUAGCUGAUAAUUUACUAUAUUUUUCAGGGUAGUUACUUGUUUUCUGACAAAACAAACCCAUGGUUUGUGGCAGGGCAAAGGUACCUGAGAAACUGGAAUGUCUGACAGGCAGAAUAUAUCCCGUUUUAGUGGGGAAUCUCAUUAAGAUUCCAGGGGGGUGGGAUUUGGGACUGGCAGUUGAUGCCUGUGAAAAGCAGUAAAGCCUUGGCCUUCACUGACCACCCCUGGCCAACGUGCUGUACUUGAACUCCUCGGGGCCAGGGCCACGGUGGUUUUGCUGGUAACCACUUGGGCAUUUUGCACUGCCAGCUGGCAGAGCAAUCCCAGACCCUGGUCCCGAGGGAUUGCUGCUGCUUAGGAGCAUCCCUCUCGCUAUAAUGUUGGGAAAAUUCUUUUAGCACUUUUGCCACUGCUGGCAAGCAAAUAAUGUACAAAGCCCUUGUUUCAACAGUAGUGUUUUGUGUGAAGAGAAUGACAAAUCCUGCAUCUCUGAAUAGGGCAUUAUAUAAAUACAUGAAGGUUUGUCCA